AUGUCGGGAAAACAGCAAGACAAGAGUGUCAUGGGCAUGCCCGGUUUCAUGGUGGACUUCUUGAUGGGUGGUGUCUCCGCCGCCGUCUCGAAGACCGCCGCCGCCCCCAUCGAGCGUGUCAAGCUCCUCAUCCAGAACCAGGAUGAGAUGCUCAAGUCCGGUCGUCUUGACCGCAAGUACAACGGUAUCGUCGAGUGCUUCAGCCGUACCGCCAAGAACGAGGGUGUCCUGUCGCUCUGGCGUGGUAACACUGCCAACGUCAUCCGUUACUUCCCCACCCAGGCGCUCAACUUCGCUUUCCGUGACACCUACAAGUCCAUGUUCGCCUACAAGAAGGAGCGUGAUGGUUACGCCAAGUGGAUGGCCGGUAACUUGGCCUCUGGUGGUGCUGCCGGUGCCACUUCCCUCCUCUUCGUCUACUCCCUCGACUACGCCCGUACCCGUCUCGCCAACGACGCCAAGUCGGCCAAGAAGGGUGGCGAACGCCAGUUCAACGGUCUCGUAGACGUCUACAAGAAGACGCUCGCCUCUGACGGUAUCGCUGGUCUCUACCGUGGUUUCAUGCCCUCCGUUGCUGGUAUCGUUGUCUACCGUGGUCUGUACUUCGGUAUGUACGACUCGAUCAAGCCUGUCCUCCUCACCGGUUCCCUCGAGGGUAACUUCUUGGCCUCUUUCGCUCUUGGUUGGGCUGUCACCACUGGUGCCGGUAUCGCCUCUUACCCUCUCGACACCAUCCGUCGUCGUAUGAUGAUGACCUCUGGUGAGGCCGUCAAGUACAAGGGUACCAUGGAUGCCGCCCGCCAGAUUGUCGCCGCCGAGGGUGUCAGCUCCCUGUUCAAGGGUGCUGGUGCCAACAUUCUCCGUGGUGUUGCCGGUGCCGGUGUCCUGUCCAUCUACGACCAGGCCCAGCUCCUCCUCUUCGGCAAGAAGUUCAAGGGUGGAUCUGGUUAA